AUGGUCACUAAACAAUUGUUGAGACGACAAAUCAAAACGGCAAUAAGAGCCCUUGAUUGCGGUACUAUCGCUGCAGAAUCGCAUGCCAUCUCUAAAGUAGUGCGCUCAUUAAUUGCUUCCAUUAAUGCAAGGCGUGUGGCAUGUUAUAUGAGCAUGGAUAAAGGAGAAGUAAUGACCGAAGAAGUUAUAAAGAACCUGUUUCAUGAUGGGCAAGAGGUCUUUUUGCCAAGAUGUACACAUACUUCCGAAUCCAAGCACUUUAAAUUACGGGAAGACCAUCAUGCACAUUUGAUAUUUCAUCGAAUGAGUAGUUUGACAAUGGUGCACAACUUGAGGCCUGUAGGUCCGUAUCAGCUAAGAGAGCCCGAAGCACACAUCGAUGAGGCCACCAGUUUGGAUCUUGUGUUGGUGCCUGGAGUGGCAUUCGAUAUUAAAACCGGUGCAAGGAUGGGUCACGGUGCCGGCUACUACGACGAUUUCUUCCAGCGUUAUAAGAUACUACAUGAAGGUCAAAAACCUCUCCUAGUAGGGCUAUGCCUUAUGGAGCAAGUCACUUCGCCUAUUCCUUUAGAGAAACACGAUUUCCCUAUGGACUGUAUAGUCUGUGGAGACGGUUCCAUACAUUGGGUUAGAUAG